CAGCGUUCUAAUCUCAGAAACUGUCAAAUGAAAUACUACUAAUAUAUUAAAUUUUUUCCAAACAAUUACGUACCUUUUCCCAUAAACGAUAAACUCCCUUUGAAAAUGUGGAUUCUUCAGGUGCUGGUGGUGCACAUUUUACUGAUCGGUUUCAUUAUAAACAUCUAUUUUCAAUCGACCAUUGUGGUGGAUCUUGAGCCACAGAAGACGCUGCCUGAGCUGGGACUUCGACCGCCGGCGGAUCGAUUGGUGGUAUUCCUAACCGAUGGCCUACGGGCAGAGUCGUUCUUUGCUGAAAAUUGCAGCGGCGUGCCGCAACUCCGGGAGCUGUUCUUGAAGCAAGGCGUGGUAGGAAUAUCGCGAAGCUGCGUGCCGACAAUGAGCCGACCCGGGCACAUUGCAAUCUUCGCUGGCUUCUACGAAGAUCCCCAAGUGGCCAUCACCAAUUUCCAAUUGAAUCCGACACGCUUUGACUCCAUAUUCAAUAGGAGCCACCAUGCCAUAGGCUGGGCAGAUGAAACGGUGUACAAUUACUUUGCGCGUUCCAUUGUCGAGCCUCUGCAACUCGAAACGUUCAGGAUAUCGGAUUUCAAAAUGUUUAAGGCUGAUAGCUAUGUGUUUGGUCAGGUCCGUGACUUUCUUACCAACAAGGAGAACAUCAAAGAGCUGCAAAACGAAACAUCGGUGAUAUUUUUUGUAUAUCUGUACGAUCUUGAUAAGGCGGGCCAUGUGUUCACGCCACUUGACCGUGAGUUCCGGAAGCGGCUCUAUGUGACACAGAAGAGAAUUCGGGAGACUUACGAACUCUUUGAGAGCGCAUUCAACAACAGUCGAACGGCCUAUCUGUUGACAUCGGAUCACGGCAUGUUGGAUGGGGGUCACCAUGGCGGCGGAUCGAAUAUGGAAGUAGAAAUGCCCUUCUUCAUCUGGGGAGCCGGCGUCAAGCGACUGGGACCACCUGACACCAAGCUAAACUUCACUGCCAAUGCACAAGGACUCCAGCUACCGCAACAAGAGCUGGAGCAGAUUCAGCUGGCGCCGUUGAUGUCGGCUUUGUUGGGCCUGCCGCCGCCCAUUAACAACAGGGCUCCAUUGCCCCUGGGCUACCUCAAUGUGAGCGAGGAGUACGAACGGCAGGCAUUGGUCUUGAAUGUGCUGCAGUUGCUGGCCCAGGCCCAGGUAAUGAUACGUCGCCAUGAGCUCAGUUUCUUCCACAAAUGGCUGCCGAAAUAUGAGCACCUGGACUCGAGGCGAAUCGCCCUCCUGCCCGCUGAAGUUGAGCGCCUGGUGGCGGCUGGCUACGACAGUAAGGCCGUAAAGCUGCUCGGGCAGGCGUCCUGGCAGGCCCGCGAAUGCUUGGAUUUUUACCAGAACUACUAUCACAUUCCAAUGCUAGUGGCCAUAACUGCUUCGUAUUUUGGUUUGUUCUACUGCCUGGCUGUCAUGCUGACACGCGAAUGCACAGAGCCCAAGCAGCCGAAGAAGGGACUGAUGACAUGGAUGACUUUUCUGAUGGCCAUGCUGGGACUGCUGCUCGGAGCUGUCUUGUUCCUGCAGUGGGUGCCCUGGUACACGGCCUUUUAUCUGAUGCUGCCCAUAUGCAUUUGGACGAUGGCACUGGCCGAACGACCGCUGCAUGGUAAAUCCAUUCCGUACCCGUUUACACUUUUAGGCUGGACAGUGUUACCCGCUGGAUUGGUUAUAGCGACAUCGCUUAUGAGCACCCAUGCCGGUCUGCUCUACGCUGGCGUCGUGUGUGCCUACAAUCGACGCGGCUUCCUUCGGCCGUCGAGGAAAUUCUUUAUCUGGCUGACAGCCAUGCUGUUGCCAAGUGCAUUUCUAGUUGCCAUGCUAAACUUCAAGUUGAAAAGUAUAUUGGACGCAAUUGAUCUCAAUAUGAAGAACUAUUUGCUGGCGUUCAGCAUGUUUCUGGCAGUGCUCCGGCCAUGGAUAUUGGGACAUAAAUUCGAGAAGCACGUUUGGAUGAUCAAUUCUGGGAUCUUGCUGAUGGGAGUCUAUGGCACUUAUCUCUACGAGAGUGACCAGGAAAUUAACCUCUUUUUGCGGACUGCCUUUUGGACUUUCCUCGGCUAUGCCUUCGUAUCGUUGCCUUACAGCAAAGCGGAGAACCCUAGACAGCGAUUUAAUUUGAUUUCCUUCAACCUGGUAGCCGUGCAUGCCCUGCUCUGCAUUUCAACGGGUUCGCUCUUCCUGCAACUGAUGAUCACCGAAUUUCUGCUGGGCCAGCAAAUUCACGACAAGGUUAGGGGAAAGUCUGAUAACGAUAACGAUAAGGAUGGUCCACUCGAUCGCUUGAAGCGUAACUAUCGCUAUGCGGCCAUGAUUCUGUUCUACUUCUACAUAUCGUUCUUUGGAUCUGGCAACUGGAUAUUAAGCUUUGCCUUCAAACCAACAGCUGUGCGACUGCUGCUAUCCAGCUACUCGCCAUUUAUCAUAACCGGUCUGCUGCUGACCAAGAUAUUGAUUCCAUCCAUUAUUAUCAUCGCUGGCCUAUACACCCUCUCGCCCUAUGCCCAUAAGCAUACACGUGCCAUUUUCACCUGCAUGUUCCUGAUAAGCGAUGCCAUGUGUUUGUUUUUCUGUUUCUAUUUUCAAAACACAGGCCACUGGCGCCAAAUUCGCAGAUCCAUCGAUCACGUCUUGUUGACAAAUCUUAUUGUGAUGUUAUUGCUGGCCUGUUCGUGUUUAACCCAGACCUUCCUUAUGCCAAUUAAGGGCGCUGGGCCAGAAGUCAGUGCGGAAGUAGCGGCAGGAGACACUUCCGCACAGUCUGCUGCAGAGAGUAAGGCCUAGACGAUUUUCUUUCGGAUAAUGCAUCAAAGCUGUAAUGCUGUUCAAAUAAAUUAUAUGUUCUAUU